UCGGAGACAGAGGGUUGCAAUGGGCGAUUGCCAUAUAUGGAAAAGCGAGAAAUCGCCAUUGCAUCACUUGACUAUGAAAUGAACUCACCAUUCCUUUUUCUUCUCAUUGGACUUAAUUUUGCUUUAUCGCAUAAUAACCAUCUCUACUUUUUUGCUCCAUAAUUUUUUUUUUUGGCAUGAUGGAUUUGGAUGGUCCAUGGUUUAUUGAGCGAGCGACCAAUAGAACCGUGCUAUUUCGAGGUGUCAACGUGGGAGGCGGUGCGAAAUUGCCGGUCGGCAUUCCCUCCCAUGUCAAUGACGGAUAUUGGAUCGACCACGAUCGUAACAUCAGUAUGGUCGGUCGACCGUUUCCUAUCGAAGAAGCCGACGAUCAUCUUCAACGACUGGUGGUUCUGGGCUUCAACUUGUUGCGUUUUCUUGUAACUUGGGAAGCUAUUGAACAUGAAGGUCCAGGCAUAUACGACCAACAGUAUCUGGAAUACGUGAUUCAGUUAUUGGACAAGUGCAAAGCUUUCAAUUUGAAAGUAUACAUCGAUCCACACCAAGAUGCUUGGUCGCGACACUGUGGUGGAUCUGGUCACCCAGGGUGGACACACUCGCUGGUCGGUUUGAACCCUCUCAAUUUCCAGGUGACCAACGCUGCCAUUGUGCAUAAUUUAUAUCCGGAGCCCGAUCAAUUCCCAAAAAUGAUAUGGAAUACCAAUUAUCAGCGGUUGGCAGCAUCGACCAUGUUUACGCUGUUUUUUGCGGGGAAAAUCUAUGCUCCCAAAUGCCACGUGAACGGUGUGCAUGUGCAAGAUUAUCUGCAAUCCCACUAUUUUCGCGCUAUCGAAGCAUUGACGAAUCGAAUUCACCAACAUGGCGGUCUGGAAGAUACAACGGUCCUUGGUUACGACACCAUGAACGAACCUGGUCAAGGCUACGUGGGUUUGCUAGAUAUCCGGAAUUUGAGAGACAACGAUCUUGAUUUCAAAAAAGGGCUGAUGCCAACCGCGUUCCAGGGAAUGGUUUUAGGCUCCGGGUAUGCAACGCAUGUUCAAAAUUGGAAAUUUACAUGGUCAGGUCCCAAAAAGGUAGAAGACGUCUACGUUGAUCCUCAGGGCACGUCCGCGUGGCUAAGUGAGCCGGAGUUGGAGGCAGCAGAUCGCUCAUUCGGUUGGACACGAUCCGAUGCCUGGUCACCCGGAUGUAUAUGGGCGCUGCACGGUGUUUGGGAUAAGGAGACACAAACCGUGCUUCAGCCCCAUUAUUUCAGCAUGAAUCCAGUGACCGGCGAGCCCGCCGAUUACAGUCAACAUUGGAUUCAAUUUCUGCAGUCGUAUGCAAAGAUGUUGCGCAGCAUCCAUCGCGAAGCCAUUAUUUUCGUGCAACCACCCACGUUAGAAACUCCACCCAAGAUUCCGACAUCCUUGCCGCGUUUAGUUUAUGCCCCUCAUUGGUAUGACGGGUUGACCCUGGUAAAGAAGAAAUGGUGCAGUUACAACGUUGACGUAAUCAAUCUCAGUCGAGGCAAAUACGGUACUGGACCCAUGCGAUUUUUGAGAGCGCUUCGUUUAGGCGAAAAGGCCAUUCGCCAGUGCUUUGUAGACCAGCUCGCUACGAUUCAGCAAGAAGGGUGGGACAAUGUGGGACCUUAUCCCUGUAUCCUAGGGGAAAUAGGCAUUCCUUACGAUAUGGAACCUGCAAAGUCCAAUGCUUUACAGGUGCUGUGGGGCUGGAUUUUAUUUUGGUGCGUUUAUUCUGAAACCGGACAAGCAUCGGUGAUCGGUACACCCGAAGCACCGCAAAACAAGGCCAUGGAUGCUAAUUUGAACGCACUGGAAGCCAACCUGUUAAAUUAUACGCUCUGGCACUAUGUUCCCGACAAUGAUCCUAUUUGGGGCGAUCGAUGGGAUGGCGAAGAUCUCAGUAUCUGGCAAUCGGAGGGUCCACCCAGUUACGGCGGCAGUUCAAGAACAUUGGUGGAUGAAGUGAGCCACGGAAAAUACAAAAAGAAUCCAGAUAUUUCACCUUGGAAUGACGAAAGUGACCUGGAGUCGGCCAGUGACGAUCAGCCGACCGCCAGGUUAAUCCCAGACACCAACGUGCGUGAUGUGAUUUCUUUACACAGGCCGCAUCCAUGGAAAGUGGCAGGUAUCCCAGUGUCGAUUCAGUUUAUAUCACCCACCAAUCGUCAUCAUGCAGCGUAUUUUUUCACUUAUAAACGACGAGAAGAUGAGCUGGUGAGCGGGCCCACAGAAAUUUAUGUGCCGACCUGCCAUUUUGCGACUCCGGAAUCAGACGAUAAAAAGAAGACCAAAAUCAGUCUCAGCCAUGGUUACUGGGAGUGUAAAGUGAUCAACGACCAUUACUGGAUACUUCUUUGGUGGGUGGACGAUAAAGAAGCCGGCAGCCAGUUCGAGCUGAAGCUUGAAUGUAUUUAGUACCACGUGUGGAUGUGCAAUCAAAGCCUCAGCAACAGUGUGGGCCAAUCAUUGGCGCAAGUGUUGCAACACAGUAGUGAUUUUCAGUCAUUUUUACAAUAUCAAAAAGGUGUUCGUUUUUUUAAAGUUACGCUGGUGGAAAAAAAAUUGUCCAAUGUGGUGACCCCAUUUUUUUUUGCCCAUAUUAUUUACUUUUUUUUUCUUUUUUUCCCUCUUCUCCUUUUUUUUUCUCUACUCC